AUGACAACAGCCAUCAAGUCAGCCCUGUCUCUAAAUCCCACCCCCUUACUGAGCAGGCCACAGUGGAGGAAAAGAAGGGAGAAAGAAGAGAGGAGAGUAAAAGAGGGGGCAGGGAUUUAUGAGCGGGUGAUAGACCCCCCCCAGAUGGAGAUCACUCCGGGCAGUGGAGUGUGGCUCGGCCAGCACAGCCACAAGCACGGCCUGUUCAAGCCCAUUGUUCCUCCUCCCUCUACCUCUUCCUCCCUCAUCCCCUCUCGCAUCAAGGCUUCAAGGAGAUCCUUCUUCUGGAGGAAAUGUCUGGUCUUGAAAGACGCAGCUCCUUCAUCGAGUUCAUCUGCUCGGUGCUCAGAGUCUUUCUACACUCCUUGUGGGGAGGGAAGCACUCAAAAGUGUUUGUCAGCAGCAGAGACAGAUGACACUAAGAAGUCUGUACUGAAGAAUAUUGCUGCGAUGGACCUGGACAAGAUCAACAUGGACCUGGUGGAGAGCCUGCUGGAGUGGAUUGUAGAUGGAAAUCACAACUACCCUCAAGGUGCAGUGCUAGUGUUUUUGCCAGGCCUGGCUGAGAUCAAGACGCUGUACGAGCAGCUCAAGUCCAACAGAAUGUUCAACAACAGGGGCAAGUCCAGAUGUGAAGUGUACCCACUCCACUCAACCUUGUCCAAUGAGGAGCAGCAGGCAGUUUUCCGCCGACCCCCAGAGGGAGUCACAAAAAUUAUCAUCUCCACCAACAUCGCUGAGACCUCGGUAACCAUUGACGACGUUGUAUAUGUCAUCGACUCCGGCAAGAUGAAGGAGAAAAGAUACGAUGCGACUAAAAGCAUGGAGAGCCUGGAGGACUCGUGGGUGUCUCGGGCCAACGCUCUGCAGAGGAAGGGUCGAGCGGGGCGCGUGGCCUCGGGGGUCUGCUUCCACCUCUUCACCAGCCACUGCUUCCAACACCAGCUGGCUGAGCAGCAGCUGCCUGAGAUCCAGAGAGUGCCUCUAGAGCAGCUCUGCCUCCGAAUCAAAAUCCUGGACUUGUUUGCUGAUCGGAUGCUGGAGUCCGUCUUCACUCGGCUCAUCGAGCCCCCGGCUAUGGAGAGCUUAGACGCAGCCAAGCAGCGCCUGCGGGACCUCGGGGCCCUCACUGACGAUGAGAAACUGACCCCGCUGGGCUACCACCUGGCCUGCCUGCCCGUCGACGUGCGCAUCGGGAAACUCAUGCUGUUCGGGGCCAUCUUCCGCUGCCUCGACCCUGCACUCACUAUCGCUGCCAGUCUGGCCUUCAAAUCGCCCUUUGUGUCUCCAUGGGAUAAGCGAGAAGAAGCCAAUGAGAAGAAAGUGGCCUUUACCGUGGCGAGUAGUGACCAUCUAGCUCUGGUGCAGGCAUACAAGGGAUGGUGCUGCGCUGCUAAGAAUGGCCACCAGGCCGGCUUCCUCUACUGCAGGGAGAACUUCCUGUCUUCACGAGGCUUACAGGAGAUCGCCAGUCUGAAGAGGCAGUUUGCUGAGCUGCUGUCUGACAUCGGCUUCAUCAAGGAGGGACUGAGGGCCAGGACAAUCGAGCGCAUGAGCUCUAAAGGCACUGAUGGCGUUCUGGAGGCCACCGGCCACGAGGCUAACUUGAACUCAGACAACAUCAAGCUGAUGUCCGCCAUGCUCUGCGCUGCGCUCUAUCCCAAUGUGGUCCAGGUACGAUCUCCUCAGGGGAGUUACAAGAUGACGAGCAAAGGAGCGAUGAUGAUGCAGCCCAAAGCCCACGAGCUCCGCUUCAUGACGAAGAACGACGGCGCCGUCCACAUCCACCCGUCGUCUGUCAACUACGCGGUUCGCCACUACAACAGCCCGUACCUGGUUUACCACGAGAAGGUGAAGACGAGCCGAGUCUUCAUCAGGGACUGCAGCAUGGUGUCUGUGUACCCGCUGGUGCUGUUCGGAGGCGGGCAGGUCCACAUGGAGCUGCACAAGGGAGAGUUUGUCAUCUCCCUCGACGACGGGUGGAUCCGAUUUGCCGCCUCUUCUCAUCAGGUGGCUGAGCUGGUGAAGGAGCUGCGCUGGGAGCUGGACCAGCUACUGGAGGACAAGAUCAGGAGCCCCAGCAUGGACCUGUGCACGUGUCCCCGCGGCUCCCGCAUCAUCGGCAUGAUCGUCCAGCUCGUCACCACACAGUAGCUCCACCUUUCAAUGACCUCAACGUACGAAGCUCUUCAGUAUAACGCUCUUUGUGCUCCUGCAUCACUGCCACCAAUUUGAAACACCAUAAAUUAAGGACGUCGGGGUCAAUAAAACCCUGACACUGGUGAACAUUUUUUUUUAUUCAUCAUAAGCAAUGCUUAUGCUGAACUUGACUUGUUAUUGAAGUACUUCUAAGUAUCAGUUUACAUGAAAACAAAGCUGUUGUGUUGCUGCAAUGGAGGCUUUUUAAGCCAUAAAUUGCCUUUAAAGAAAAAUAUGGCUCUAUGCAGAUGAUCCACAAACCUCCACAACAAAUCACUAUUGCUUGGAUAAAGCCCUUACUGCGGUAUGUGCAGUAGAUCGGCACACGGUUGAUUGAUAAACAUGAUGUCAGAUAUAAUUUGUGUACAGCGCAUUUUUAUUUUGGGGUUGUGUGUGUCUCGCUCACAACUGACAAGUUUCUUGGGUCCAUAUUGGAUUUCUUAUAAUCACAAUGACUGUAUACUUGUUAUGGUUAUAAUAUUUAUUUGUAUUGCAUGAUUGAGAGAUUCCAAGAUCUUCUGCAUGGUAUUCCACUGGUUUACAUUCACUGAAUGUACCUAGGUGUUAGUGAUGUCAAAACUACACUUUCACAAAGGGAAUGCAAGGGCUUUUGAAAACAGAAACCUUUGGUGAGGAUAUCCAAAGAAUUUGAAAGCCUAUUGUCUAAAGUGACAAAUUCAACUGUAUCACAAAUAAAAACAUUCAAAGAUA